AUGUCACACAGGGGAGAAGCCGUUUUCCUGUCCAGAGUGCGGGAAAUGUUUUUCUCAGAAGUCCAAUCUUUACACACAUCAGAGACUGCACAUAGGGGAGAAGCCGUAUUCCUGUCCAGAGUGCGGGAAAUGUUUUUCUCAGAAGUCCAAUCUUUACACACAUCAAAGAUGUCACACAGGAGAGAAGCCGUAUUCCUGUCCAGAGUGUGGGAAAUGUUUUUCAGAUAA